CCUACCUGUUGGAGCUCAUUACGGGGGGACUGCCGCUCCGGACCCACGCUGAUCGUGGAUCUGCGGGAAGGCUAUAGUGCACUUUGCGAAGGAUGAACAGCCCAAAAAUGUCUCCAAGACUAUUCCUCUGCGCUGUGAUUGCUGUGUACCACGGGACGCAAACCUGCAGUGGAUUUAAUAUAGAUAAACAGUUUCCUGUGAUCAAAGUGGGGAAAACCAAAGGGAGCUUCUUUGGAUUCUCAGUCGCAAUGCAUGAACAGACGGAAGGCUCCAGACAAUACCUGCUUCUAGCAGGAGCACCCAAAGAGAAAGCCAUGUCUCUACAAAAUGUCAAUGAAACGGGAGCUGUCUACUCUUGUCCCAUUACAACGGAUACCACUGAUUGCUCCAGAAUGGACCUGGUCAGCUCAACAAAUCCAUCAGAGAUGGUGGAGGGCAUGUGGCUGGGUGUGACCGUGGCCAGCCAGAGAGACCAGCCGGCAGGACGCGUGCUGGCAUGCGGACAUCGUUAUGUGAAGAUCAUCCAAGGUGGCACAGAGGAGCAGCGUCGGAUGAUAGGAAAGUGUUACGUGAGGAGUAAUGACCUGACCUAUGACCCCAACGAUGAGUGGCAGACAUACAGUUAUGAGGUCUGCAAUCCCAACUUCGACAUGGAGUUUGAGGGCAUGUGCAACAUGGGCAUCUCAGCCGGCAUGACAGACACUGAUGUCUACAUCGGCGCCCCUGGCAGCUACGUGUGGCAAGGAAAUGUUCAUGUUACAUGGAGAGAUCCGGAUCCUGGGAAUGCAUGGGACUCCACUGGAAAAGACUUUGGACAGCUGAAAAAACGAUACAGUUAUAUGGGUUAUUCAGUUCUUGAAGAGAGGAAGCUGCUGAGCCAGGACGACUACACAGUGGUGACAGGUUCGCCCAGGGCUGAGUCCAAGGGCUCUGUGAUGUUAGGGCGAAAGAUGGCCAAAGACAUUCAGGUGGCACUCAUCAUCCCUGGGGAACAAGUGGGCUCGUACUUCGGGAACAGCCUGGCUAUCACUGACCUCAAUAAUGAUGGUUGGAAUGACCUAGUCGUUGGUGCCCCGUUUUAUUUUGACCGUAAGAAGGAUGAGGGAGGAGCAGUGUAUAUCUACAUGAAUGAGAAUGGAUCUUUCCAGAAAACUCCCACCACAGUACUGAAGGGUCCAGCAACAUCUGCAUUCGGCUUUGCAGUUGCUGCCAUUGGUGAUAUCAACCAAGAUGGAUUCCAAGACUUUGCAGUGGGAGCUCCAUUCCAGGGCACAGGCAAGGUCUACAUAUGGAUGGGAAGUAAAAACGGAAUCUCAAAGAAUUACAGUCAGGUAAUUGAGGGUAAGUCAGUGGGUAAUGGAGGUUUCCAUACUUUUGGCUAUUCCAUCAAUGGGGGGAUGGACAUGGAUGACAACAGUUACCCUGACAUCUUGGUUGGCUCUCUUGAUGAUCGCAUUGCCCUGCUCAGGGCUCGACCAGUCAUUCACUUAACUAAGAACUUCACUGUCGGGCCAAAUAUUGUGGAUCCUAAUAAGUGUCCUGGAAAUACACCAUGCAUUACAGCGAGAAUGUGCAUGUCUUUCACUCUAAGCACCGGAAAUAAAGACUUCAAAAAAAAUAUCACGGUGAAUUACACAGUGGAGGCCGACAUGGAGAGGAGAAGAAGUCCCCGUGUUCGUUUUCAUGCUAAUAAUGAUGACACAUACACGGGCCUCCUGAGCCUGCCAGCAUCCAAACCCAAGUGUCAUGAUCUGAAGCUGACAGUAGUGUCACCUGUGAGAGACAAACUGGAGCCAGUGGUCUUUUCCCUCAGGGUGUUCUUACAUGUACAAAAACCCAAAGCCAGGCGUUCCCUGCAGAACCUGGACUUUUUCCCAAUUAUCAGCCCGGAGCAGAAACUCACACAAAGAACUGAGAUUCACUUUCAGAAGGAAUGUGGCUCGGACAACAAAUGCACCAGUAAUCUGCAGCUGAAUGCCCAGUUUGUUGAUGAUAACAAAAAGCCUUACCCCAGGCAGGGAAAAUUCCAGGUACUUCAGUUCAGCAGCAAUAUCAAGAUAGUACAGCUGAUGGUGGAGGUGACCAACAUUCCUUCUGAGCAGAAGCUGGCUGAGGACGCCCACCAGGCCAUGCUCAACGUCACCAUCCCUAAUGCCCUGAUAUACUCUGCUGUCAGGUCGACGGACAACGAAGUAGAAUGCAGAUUUGACGGCACAGUGAUUUGUGAGUUAGGGAAUCCACUUAAAGGAAAUGAGAAGGUGUCACUCAUCCUCAGGUUUGAGACAUUAGGGAUCGAUCUGUACACACAAGAGGUUGAGACUAAUCUGCUGCUGUCCACGCUUAGCGAGCAGAGCGACCUGAAACCUGUGGCUGUGGCCCUGCUGAUUGAGAACACCAUCCUCCCCUCCUUUUCUGUAGCGAAACAAAUGGUGCGAACACAAUUCGGUGGGACGGUGAUGGGCGAGUCAGCUAUGGUCAACACCAGUGACGUGGGCAGUCUGGUGGAGUUCACCUUCAUUGUAAACAUGAGAGGUCAGCCGUUAGGAGACCUGGGGACCCUGGCUGUGGAGUUUGAGUGGCCCUUUGAGGUUGCCAAUGGCAAGUGGCUGCUGUACCUGACAAAGAUCGUCAUUAAGGGGCAAUCAGAGACAGAAUGUAAACCCCCUGGAGAUGUUGUCAACCUACUUAACCUAACUUUGUCAGAGAGUGGAUCCAAGCGUACAAAACGGCAGAUCAGGGUGGAAGAUGUCGAUGACAUGGACCAGCCACAGAUUAUUGAGCCACAGGCAGCGAUCACACUUAACACACGAAAAGAGUUCUACUCAUUGGAAUGCUCCAAGGGAACGGCACGAUGUGUGACCUUUAGCUGUCCAUUACUCAACAUGACGGAUUCAGCCAAGAUUUAUGUGCAGUCCCGUUUGUGGAACAGUACAAUGCUCGAGGACUAUAACAAUGCUCAGCAAAUCGUGGUUAGAGGUGAAGCCACACUGAAGCUCAUUACAGAUAAACUAAACAUCAAGAUGGACAGUCAAACCACCACGUUCUCUGUGGAUAUAGAACCAGUGGCAGGGGUAGAGAUACCCUAUGAGCUCCCAUUAUGGAUCAUCAUUUCUGCAGCUGUAGCAGGAAUUCUACUACUAGGAAUCAUCAUUCUUAUACUUUGGAAGCUUGGAUUCUUCAAGCGAGCCGUCUACUAUCGGAUAAUGCCAAAGCACCAGGGGGUGAAAAUUCGCAAGGCUGAGCGCUAUCAGUUCAAUCUGGGUUUUCAGCCUGAGGAGCCACAGAAAAAGUAUUGGAUCACCAACUGGACAGAGAUGCAGCAUUACUACUACUGAGGCCUUAACUUGGAACCUUGAACCACUUACCGUCACACUGUUUCGACAUAGGCCAAACAAAGAACAUUGGGCUUUGUCAAGCUACAUGGAUUCUUCAGUGCACGGACCAACUGUGGAGAGUGCAUUCGAUUUGAAACAUAACUGUUUGUACAUUUCUAGUAGAUUUCAUCAACUUCUCCAGUGCAAUAUACUGAACAUUUGUGUUUCAGAAAUUGUAAUGUGUUAUGUGUUUUUAUUGAAUGCAGUGUUGUACAUUGAAUCGGGGUUGCAUUCGAGAGAAAAUUGUUUGUCGCAAAUUGUUUUGAUUAAGGUUUUUAUAUGCUGAAUUUGGUGUUUGUGCAUUUUCAUAUCUUUCUGAAUCCUCCAUGCACAGUUCCUGGUCAUUCAUCAUGUUUAUUUUCACCAUGUCUGUUUGCUCUCUAAUCAGAGGAAUGAGUUUAUUGAUUUUCUCUGUGAUUGUAUACGUCUUUUCUGCUCUUUCACCAAUCAUCACUGUGUGGUCAGCAGUUGUAGCCUAUGUAUGGGUCUUAAACCAGUUGUUCUGGAGAUCAUUUUCAAACUGCACUUAAAAUAUGUUUUAGUUGCCCCCAUGAGAUUCCACUGCGAAAGCCCAUCAGCAAACAACCCUGCAACAACUUAAAAAACAAAAGCUUAUCUGUAUGUAGACUUAACCAACACGUGUUGAUGAGAUGAUGGGAGUACACUUAAUCACUAUUUAUUACACUGUCUUGCGUUAUUACAAUAUUGAACCUUUUUGGAUAUUUUUUAAAAGAUCCCAUACGGGGAGUCACAACACUGGAUUCAAUAAUACCAUAUAUUGUACCUGACUGGAGACGUUGUGUUGUUGUAGCUCCAGCUUAGAUAGUUACGCUAUAAAUUGUACAUAGUGACAAGUUACGAUAAAUUGACUAUAUGAAUGAAUGCAUAUGUCAUUGGCCUUUGUUGUUUCAUUGUCUCUAAGCUUUGUAUUUUUGUACGCGACAGUGAGCUGAAACUUGGAUUGUUUCCAAGCCGUUGUGGCCCCUUUUGAGGUCUACCUGCAGCACUGAAAAUAGACUGGACCAACAGAAGACAGUCCCUGAUGGGAACAAAGUGUUGCAUUUACCACUCUAGUCCGUGUUACCUGAGAGCCCACAGGUAUUCUGUUGGGAGACUGAGAUCUGUGGUCAUUACAGAGGCUCCAUUGACUCUUUGAGUGAAGAGUAAAGCUGAUGAACCAAUGCACAAAUUCUGUUCUCUGUGGUGGUGUUUUUGUUCUUGUUUUUUACUGUGCAGUUUCAAUGUAAUUAAAUUGUUUUGAACAAC